AUGACGAUAUGGGAUACUCUCACUGGGCGGAAGUCCACCUCUCCGACAACGCAGACCACUCCCACCUCAACCUUCGACGAUAACGCCUCUUCCUCAUCCGCUUCCCCCUUCACGUCUGACACCAUCUCCGCACCUACAACAAGCUUCAUGUUUGACGCCGCUUCAUUGCAUCCUCUCGCCAAUGUCAACCAAGAUACUCUAGACUAUUUGACACUUGAAGACUCCGUUCUCUCAGACUUGCCCGGCUCGCGUAGCGCGCUGCCAUCUCGAGGAUGGAGUGAUGAUCUAUGCUACGGAACCGGCGUCACAUAUCUCUCAGCACUCACAGUCGGUGGUGCGUGGGGCUUGGCAGAAGGAUGGAAUCGAAGUCCGGUCACAGCAACGCCACGCCUAAGAAUGAAUUACGUACUCAACGCAGUAACGAGACGGGGUCCUUUUCUGGGAAACUCCGCCGGCGUGAUUGCUAUGGUCUACAAUGGUAUCAACUCCACGAUAGGAUAUGCACGCGGACGCCAUGACGCGGCGAACAGCAUCGUUGCAGGGGGCCUCAGUGGAAUGGUUUUCAAGAGUACCCGAGGCCUCAAGCCAAUGCUGAUUUCCGGUGGCAUUGUCGCAAGCAUUGCUGGUGCAUGGGCGUUGACUCGGAAGACUUUUUUUGACAAUGAAGAGUAA